AUGUUUUUAUUAACAAGAUUAUCCGAUAUAAAUAAACCAUCAUUAACAGAACGAUAUGAUAAACUUGGUUUAUUAUCUAAUAGUUAUUCAUUUCAAUGGGAUACUAAUUCAUUUCAUACUAUAAAUAUAAAAUCUAAUAAAGAUAAUAAAUAUAAAUCAUUUCUACUUUAUUUAUAUAAUACAACAAAGCAUAAAAUUGAAAAAACAUUUAAUACAUUACAUUGUUAUAAUAAAAUAAUAAUACAAAAAUCGAAUUAUUCUAUGGAUAAAGAAAUAAACAAUAAAUCAAUACCUAUUCAACUGAAUAAAAUUGAUAAUAAUACUAAUAAUAAUAAUAACGAUAGUAAUAAUAAACAAUGUAAAACAUAUUUAAAAGAGAAUAUAAUUAAAUCAAAAUCUUAUUGUAUAUCUAACGAUAACAGUAUACAAUCAAUGGAAUCAUUAUAUAAUUCAGGACGUAUUAUUCAUAGAAAACAUAUAAAAUAUCGUAAAUGGAAAAAUAAAAUCAAUAUCAAAUAUAAAACGUGUAACAAUAUAAAAAUGAAUGAAAAAUCAAUAAAUUUUAAUAAUAAUAAUAUAUUAAAUUUUAAUUAUUAUUCACAACAAAUUGAUUCUAAGUGUUCAUUAAAAAAACUAGUAAAUGACAAUAAAAUAUCAAAUAUACAUAAACAAUUUUUAUUUGGUCAAUUAAUUAAUGAUAAUCAAUGGGAUUUAUUUUUAUUUUUAUUAAAUACUGAUAUAAAUAUUAAUUCUUUACAAAAAAAAAUUAAAUUAUCAAAUCACUAUGAAUUUAAUAAAUAUGAAACAAUAAUUAUUGAAAUAUAUCCAUCAGUUAUUGAUCUUUUUUUAAGAAAUAUUCCAUCGAAUCUAUCUUCUUCUUCUUCCACAAAUGGAAUUUAUUCAAUAAUACUUUCAUGUCUUCUUGAUAAUGGAGCUGAUAUUCAUAAUAUAAAUAAUUUUAAUCAAUAUCAAUUUAAUGGUGGUAUACAAUUAAAUACUUUAUCUUAUAUAUUUGAACAAAUUUCAAUACAACUAAAUAAUAGUUUACAAAUAAUCAAUAUUAUAAAUAAUUAUCAAUUUAUUGAUAAUGCUGGUCUUUUAAGACAAUUAUUAAAUUCUGGUAUGAUUCCUAAAAAAUUAUUUUUUCUUAUUUAUACUAAUAAAUUAUUAUUGAAUAUAAAUGAAUCAAUAAUACUUAAUAAUAAUAUUAAUAAUAAUAAUAAUACAAAUCAAAUAUAUAAAAAUAAUUUUUAUCCACUACUUAUAUAUGAAUUAGUAAAAUGGAAUUUUUCUAAUAAAAAUGCAACACAAUAUCUUCCAAUUAUAUUACAAUCAUUUAUUGUAUUAUUUUUUAAUUUUAUAUAUUCUGGAUUAUGUAAAUUACCUGAAAAUCUAUAUGAUAUAAUCGAUAAUCAUUUAAUAAAUCAAUAUAAUUAUUACAAUAUUAUUGAUAAUAAUAAUAAUGAAUAUCAUUAUAAAGAUUAUAUUAAUAAUCAUCAAUAUUAUUUAUCAUAUUUUAAUUAUUAUCAUAAUAAAUUUUUACAACUUAUUAAUAAACAACCAUUUAGUUUAUUUGUACAAUGUAGAUAUAAAAUAAGAAAUCAAAUAGAUACAAAAUAUUUUAAUAAAAUAAUAAUGAAUUCAAAUAGAUUUAAUAAUCAUUUUAUAAUAAAUAAUGAAUUUUAUAAUAAAUUAAUUAAAUUACCUGAUCAAUUAAAACAUGCUAUUGGUUAUAUGGAAGUGAUACAUUUAAAAAAUGAAUUAUAUACUUUAACACAAACAAUAUAG